GUUCGGCGCUGGCUUCCGGCCCGCCGCGCCGGAUGAGGCAGGGGCUGGCGGCGGCGUUGUGGGCCAUGGGGCCACGGCCGGGUUAGGGCGCGGCGAUGUCGGGCUACGCGCGGCGGCAGGGCGCGCCCCCACUAUCACGGACGCGGAGCCUCGUGGUUCCCGACGCUCCUGCGUUCUAUGAGCGCCGGUCUUGUCUCCCCCAGCUAGACUGUGAGCGCCCCCAUGGCGGGGACCUGCACCCCCACCUCUUCGGCUUUCGGCCGACGUUUAUGUGCUAUGUGCCCAGCCCGGUGCUGGCUUCGGUAGGAGACACAGAUUUUGGCUAUGGAAAGGGGAAAUGUACUAAACAAGGUCCGUCGGGAGCCCAUGAGACGCGCUUUGGAGGUGACAAACUUGAAGACCUUGAAGAAGCCAAUCCAUUCUCCUUCAAAGAGUUUUUGAAAACCAAGAACCUCAGCCUGUCAAAAGAAGACACGACCACCAGCCGAAUUUACCCGAAGGAAGCCUCAAGGCACCCACUGGGACUAGACCACAGCUCCCCUGCCUCCCAGCCCAUGGGGUAUGGCCUGGAAUAUCAGCAGCCAUUUUUUGAAGACCCAACAAGAGCCAGCAACCUAGAGGAUGAUGAAGAAGAUGGAUGGAAUCGGGCCUACCUGCCGUCUGCCGUGGAGCAGACCCAUUCCUCUAGAGCCACACAGAACUCAUCGCCCUGUGCCACCUACCUUUCCUUCUUUUCCAACGCAUCAGAGCUGGCAGGUCCCGAGUCUUUGCCCCUAUGGACACUGAGUGACACUGACUCCAGGAUCUCUCCGGCAUCUCCAGCUGGGAGUCCUAAUGCAGACUUUGCAGCUCAUGAAGAAUCCCUAGGGGACAGACACCUGCGGACGUUGCAGAUAAGUUACGAAGCACUGAAAGAUGAAAACUCUAAGCUCAGAAGAAAGCUAAAUGAGGUUCAGAGCUUCUCUGAAACUCAAACAGAAAUGGUGAGGACACUGGAACGGAAGUUGGAGGCGAAGAUGAUGAAAGAGGAGAGUGACUUCCAUGACCUCGAGUCAGUAGUCCAGCAAGUCGAACAGAACCUCGAACUGAUGACCAAACGGGCUGUAAAAGCAGAAAAUCAUGUCUUGAAGCUGAAACAGGAAAUAAAUUUGCUUCAGGCACAGCUCUCAAACUUCAAGCGGGAAAAUGAAGCCCUUCGGUCAGGCCAGGGUGCCAGCCUCACCGUGGUGAAGCAGAACACGGAUGUGGCCUUGCAGAACCUCCAUGUUGUCAUGAACAGUGCACACGCAUCCAUAAAGCAGCUGGUGUCUGGAGCAGAGACACUGAACCUUGUUGCUGAAAUCCUCAAGUCUAUCGACAGAAUUACUGAAGUUAAAGAUGAGGUGGACUCUUGAGAGGCUCUGCCUGCCACUGGGUCCCAUCACCUCUGCGCCGAUGGCACCACACAUCUUCCAAAUGUGUUCCUAUCUAUGCAGUCCUCACCAAAGCAUUUCACAGUCCUAAGCAUGUGACGGGCCACCUGCAGUACGGGGCUCCUUUCCACCAGUUGCACCUAACAGUUUACAUGAAGUCCCACUGUUUGAUGACUCACUGAUUUACUGGAAGACAUUUUAUAAAACCCAGCAAUUUUUAGAAACCACUAAAGCUGAAAUUACAGUUUUGUAAGACGCUUCUUCCACAAUCCUCUCAAAUUUAGCUAUAGGAUGAGCUUGGGCUCAGCCUCAGUUUUAUCAAGCAGAACACUAAGUGAGCCAGUGUGGAAGUGAGCAGCCUACACAGGGACUCAUUCUGUCACUCAGUGCCUCACUCGCAGAUGGCUGGCAUUGUGGCCUUCACAGGACGGCUCCUCCUGUCUGUCAGCAGCCUCACUGAGGCAGCUCCGCUUGGUAACUGCUGCUGUCCUCCCAGCGGGGCCAUAGGACCAAGGUCACAGACUGCACAUUGCAAAGCUUCGGACACUCUGCUGUGGGCUUUGACUGGCGUUAGUGUGUCCGUGUGCUUUUUGCAUAAUGCAGUUCAGACUGGAAUGAAAGCACACCCCCGCCUGGGGGUCAGCACCUGCUCUUUGGGCUGCCUGGCUGGUUUUUGAAGGGCAAGCAAGGCGUGCUGAGGGGUCAAGGUUUGGGGGCCACUUUCCUAUAGAUUUUUUUUUUAAUUUUCCUUUUCCCCUCCUGUUGAGAUCAACAGCUUUCUUAUCUAAAUAAAUCCUGAAGAUCAUUUA